GUUCCUGAUGGCUUGACAUCAGGGCCUGGCUGUGCCCUGCUCAUCACCACCGUGCCCUUCUCCUACCCACCACAGAUCACCUUCUACGAAGGGAAAUGCUUCACGGGCAGGAGGCUGGAUGUCUGUGGGACCUGCAGCAGCUUCCAGGACCGAGGCUUCCUCAACCGGGUCAACUCCAUCUGUGUCCGGAGCGGGGCUUGGGUCUGCUUCACCCACCCCAACCUCCGAGGGCAGCAGUACGUGCUGGAGCACGGCGAGUACCCCCACUUCCAUCGCUGGAACGGCCGUGGCGACCGCCUGGGCUCCUGCCGGCCCGUGGGGAUGCACGGCGAGCACUACAGAAUGGAAAUCUUCGAGGGGAGCCGGUUCAGCGGCCGCAGCCUGGAGCUCACUGAGGACUGCCCCUCGCUGCAGGGGCAGGGCUGGGACAAGCCCUGCGUCAAUGCCAUCAAGGUGUACGGCGACGGCGCGUGAGUACUCACCACGUCCCUUCCGUACGCCCUCCGGGGCCAGCGUCAGAGCGAGGGAUGCGGCUGUAAAGGAGCCAGCGGGGGAAAGCCUGUUGAUGCUGGAGGAGUUUGGGGGAGCCUCAAAGUGUUAGU